AUGGAUCAGCAGCCUGUGAAUUUGAUCAUUGACCCACCAUAUUUGUGCUGGCACAUGCGGACCAAACCGAAGGCAGUGCAUAGGUUUACUGUGUCCUCGCUUUGCCUCCGGACUUCCUACCAACUUCCACGGCUUGUGCAGCUCAUUUGUCCCACCUACUCCUGCCAACUCAUUGGGAGAAAGCCAAGGAACGAGCUCCUGAAUUCCAAUUGGUCUGACGAGUUGGAUUACCUGGACAAAGCCCUCGAGCGGAUUGCCAGGCCAGUUGGGCUGCCUGCGGAGGAUGGGACGGAGGGAUUGGCAGCCUGGCCGUGGGCUGAGCAGAACGAUGGCAUUCUGGAGAACUGGGAGCGCUGCUUGCGCGCAACAUGCUCCCAUGAUUUGACCUUGGACACAGCUGAUGGCCCAGUCACCGCGCAUGCGGUGAUUCUCAAAGAGGCCUCUCCCGUGAUCAAGGCGAUGCUGGGGUCGCCGAUGAAAGAGCAGGAGACGCAGCAUGUUCAAGUGAAAGACUCGCCCAAAGCUGGUGUCUCCCUCUUCCUGGAGACUUUGUACACGUGCUCAACCAGCACAGAGCCAGACUACCACACAGUCUUAUCGGCGCUGGAUUUGGCGCACCGAUGGCAAGUCCAUGUGGUUGUAGCCAUCCUGACGGAUCUGCUGGGAACCAUGAUCACCGAAGAAUCCUUCCCGCCCAUCGCCGAGCAUGCUGCGACACGUCGAAAACAGGGGCGGUGUUUGGUGCGAAGAUGUCAGGUGAACAGGUUUUGGGGUGCUCUAUGGUCAAUAGAGAGUUUGCAAAUAGAAUCCGUUUGA